ACUUGAUACGUUCAACACCUGUCAUCACUGGCGGUACCAAAACCGUGACUAGUGAUAUUGAAGUGAAACGUCAAAGUGUACGCCCUAUCCAAUUGUUACAAUUAAUAACAUAUACACUUAGUAUAACUGUGUUCUUAGCAAGCUAUUAGAUUGUGAUCAAUUGCUUCGAAUGAUGGACAAACUGAGACGUGCGCUUAGCGGGAACGAUGGUGAGGAUGAAGAGAGAGGCUUCGUGGCACAGGUAGUUGAUUCCUCAUCAUUGGGAUGGGGGACUCGUGUAAAAGGAUUUAUUGCCUGCUUUGUCAUUGGAAUUAUCCUCUCUGUUAUUGGCUCAGUUUGCUUGUUUUUCGGCAGUAGAGGACUUGUUGCAUUCUCUGUGUUUUACACCACAGGAAAUAUCAUUGCACUUGUCAGUACUUGUUUUUUGAUGGGACCUUUAAACCAGUGCAAAAAAAUGUUUUCUCCUACCCGAGUAGUGGCGACAGUGUUGGUGUUUGUUUGCCUCGUUCUUACUCUUCUGUCAGCAUUCCUGUGGAAAAAGAGUGGGCUUGCUCUGUUGUUCUGCAUUAUUCAGUUUCUAGCCAUGACAUGGUAUUCAUUAUCGUAUAUUCCAUACGCCCGAGAUGUAGUGAAGAAAACUGUUUCUACGUGUAUGGGAUAAAAGCCAACAUGCAAAAGGAAAAGUAUACCCUCUUGAUAACCUACUGUCCAUUUACUACACAAAAUUUGUUUACCACCUGAAUCCAAUGUGUAUAACAGCUGCGACCCAAUCACUCUGUGUCUUCUUCACCUAUUGAGUGUGCCUUUCUAUCACAUUAUCCUUCAAACUCUUUGGAUGACCAAUUUACACAACUUGCAUCCACCUCUUUCUCAAAAUGUUCAAAUAAACUGUUCAUAUUAUUGUU